GAGUAACGGGGAAGCCAGGCCGGUUGAACAGCACCGGCGUUCUUUGAGGAGGUUGGCGACUGCUUGCAACACGGCAAAUCCGCAAUGAGUACCCCUGUCUUUCCUGCUCCUGGUCGGGAAUUCCAAAGAGCUGGGUAAAAGAUGGACCGAGAGAGAAAAAAAUAAAUAACCACACAGAACUGCGGAUACUGGAAACCUGAAACAUUACAGGAGAGGCGCUGAAGAAAUUCAGCAGAGUCUGCGUGCAUCUGUGUGGAGAUAGACCGUUCUCUUCGAGUGACUGCAGGGAAAGGGACAACAUAGAUUGAUCGGUGCAAACUUCUGAUCCUCCACCCUUUUCCUCUCUCCAAAACAAAUCUACUCCCAACCCACAAUCCAACCACCACCAUCCAGGCUGUGCCAUGUGAAAAAAAAACAAAGCCAGAGAGAGAGAGAUCGAUCCCUGGGCAAGGUUUUGGUGUGAAGAUGGUGGAUCCUGUUCCCCUGUGUCAGCCAGUUCCACGCAGGGUCUACCAGGGAAGCGGCCAGGAGCAUGGGUGGCGAGGGCCGCCUCUUGCUAGUUCUCUGAAUAAUGUCAACCAGAGAGAUCUCUCCCAGGCACAACAGCGACAAGGCAGCAGCACAGACCCCAGCCAAGGAGGUGAUCCGGAACCGCAUGAAAAUGGUCAUCGACCAGCUCGAAGUUAUCCUGCAGGAGCUCAAAGAAGUGGCGAAGGAGCUGAAGGAGGUAGUGAAACAGAUCGACAAAUUGACAUCUGAUUUUGAUUUUGAGAUGGAGCCAGAUGACUGGACAAUUGCCACAAUGAGUAGCACCUCCAGCAGUGACACAGCGAGAAACCACGACAGAUGUGGGGCUUUUUCUGAUUACGGGCAGCUCGGAUUCCUGACUCCUGACAUCCUGUCGGAUAGCUGGGAGUUCUGCUCCUUCUUGGAGCUUCCAGGAGAGUCGAGUAAGGUCGAGGCAGGCAGUGACGACAAGGAGCUCCCACACACCCCGUCUGAGGUGGACUACAGGAUGAUGAACGGAGGAUUGAUCCCCAAUGGGCCUGAGGGGUGUGUCCCUGACACAUCUAGCGAGGACACCAUUAGCAGUGCCCCUAGUCACAAGGCCCUCCUGAGGACCUCUGGCACCAGGGAGCGGGUGCGAUUCAGCGAUAAGGUUCUGUACCAUGCGUUGUGCUGCGAUGACGAUGAGAACGAGGAGCCCGAGGAGGAGGCAACCGCAAUCUCUGCAGCGAGUCCUGGUGCAGGCCCCAGUGAGAUCCGCGAGGGGGCGGGCAGUGUGGCACCCAAAGCAUUGUCCUCGCCAUCUGCUUCCAAACCCCAUCAUCACGGCCCGCCGUCCACAGUGCCAGCCAAAGGAAACCCUUCCUCCAGGAAAGUAACCAUGAGGAAUAACAGCACACAAACCGUGUCCCACAAAAGCACUCAGACGCUCCUGUCCUAUGGGUCCUCUAAGACACAACAGAACUCCAAGAAAGAGGGGCCAAAGUAGCCAUCAAUUCCUCUGUCCCAUCUCCCCCACCCCACCAACCCUAGAUGGGAUACUGCUUGACUACCUAUUGGCAUCAUGAGACUCAGGGAUUUUCAAUAGAAUAUAUUAAGAAAAAAAAUUGUUUUACAGAAAAGGUAGAUUCCAAAAUUUUGCACCCAUUGACUAAUUGCAUAA